AUGAAGAGAUUUCAGAGCACUGUCAGUAUGAUGCGGUGGUUCGAUGCACAAGGUGGACACGAAGAAAGAAAAGGUGUCUCACCAGACGGAACAGUAAUAGACGUGCCACUUCAUCGACACCAUGUUAAACUGAACAUUUUUCGCGUUGAUGUCGGUUUGAAGUAUCAACUCAGUUCUCAGUGGAUAUUGGAAGCGAACGUGCCGUACGAGACCAAAGCCCAAGAGGCAACUAUCGAGGAGAUUAAUCCGGUCACACCCACCGAACGGGACGCGAUUUUGCGUAAUCAAAACAACCAUCAUCGAAGCGAAGCCUAUACUGGACUCGCCGAUGCCGAUGUUCUAUUAGCGCACCAUGUUCAGGGGAUCUUUAAGGAGGACGAUUUUUUAACAGGACGGGUCGGAACCACAAUUCCGUUUGCCCUAACGCUGGCUCUUUUUUUCUUUGGUUGUGGUGUACCGAAUAAUCCAUAUCCGAAAUCUGAACACGAUCAGGAGAUUUACUACAGCACGUUCAGUGAAGAGCCGAAACACUUCGAUCCAGCGAUCUCCUAUAGUUCGGACGAAUACAGGUUCAUUCAGCAGAUUUAUGAGCCUCCGUUGCAAUAUCAUUACUUGAAAAGGCCCUACGAACUGAUUCCGUUGACCGCAGAGGCGGUUCCACAACCCCGCUACUUAGAUGCCGAUGGACAGCAGUUAUCGCCAAAUGCGCCUGCGGAAUCGGUGGCGCGUGCCGUUUAUGAAAUCCGCAUCCGUCCAGGGAUUAUGUAUCAGCAACAUCCCUGCUUUGCGAAGACUGAAGAUGGAGAGUGGCGUUACCGCAACUUAACGAAAUCGGAUGUCAAGGGCUUUGACGAGGUCAAAGAUUUCCCGAUGACAGGCACGCGUGAGCUCAUCGCUGCGGAUUAUGUCUAUCAGAUCAAGCGGAUGGCAGAUCCAAGUCUCUCCUGUCCUAUUUUCAGUACCCUGAAGGAUUAUAUCCUUGGUAUAGAUGUGUACUCAGCCGCUAUUGCCAAGGGGCAAAAGGAUGCACCUUUUCCCGGUGUAAAGGUCGUGGAUCGGUACACCUAUCGGGUUAUCCUCAAGACGAAGUAUCCGCAGUUUGUCUAUUGGUUAGCGAUGCCGUUCUUCUCACCGAUGCCUAAAGAGGCAAUUGAUUUUUACAGUCAACCUGCUGUCGCAGAACGGAACAUUACGAUUGACAGGUUUCCUGUAGGAACUGGUGCUUAUCGAAUAGAAACCCUCCUCGCCCACAAAGAGAUAGUUCUCGUCAAGAAUGAGAGUUUUCGGGUGGCGCGUUAUCCGUCAAGUGGGGAACCCGGUGAUAGAGAAGCUGGGUUUUUAGACGACGCAUGGGAAAUUGUUCCCUUUAUUCCAAGAAUCGUCUACAAAUUAGAGAAGGAAUACAUUCCUCGCUGGAAUAAGUUUUUACAAGGCUAUUAUGAUACUUCCGGACUCUCUUCGGAUACGUUUGACAGUGCGGUUGCGUUCAAUGAUACAGGUGAUCCGAGGACAAGUGAAGCAAUGAAAGCGAAGGGUAUCGUGCUGCGCACCAGUGUCGAACCAACGACAAGAUACCUCGCUUUUAAUAUGCUGGAUGAUACUGUCGGUGGAUACUCAGUAAAGAAACAGAAACUUCGGCAGGCAAUUUCGAUUGUCUUAGAUUAUGAGGAGUUUAUCGAAAUUUUUAUCAACGGACGCGGUGUCAGUUCACAUAGUCCCACUCCACCCGGUAUCUUCGGCUAUCAAGCAGGUGAGAUCGGCAUGAAUUCUUAUGUCUACAAUUGGGAUGCUGUGAAGCAACGUCCGGUGCGCAAGUCCAUUGAAGAAGCGCGGCAGCUGCUUGCAGAAGCCGGUUACCCAGAUGGACAGGAUAGUAAUGGAAAUCCCCUCGUCGUCACUUUUGACAACUCAUGGACCUCCGCAGGAUCUACGGCGCGUUUAACGUGGAUGCGGAAUAAAUUGGAUCAACUCGGCAUCACGAUGGAGAAUCGCACGACCGACUACAACCGGUUUCGCGACAAAGUGAAGAACGGGAACUUUCAAAUUAUCUUUUGGGGAUGGAACGCCGAUUACCCUGACGCCGAAAAUUUUUUGUUCCUCCUCUACGGUCCAAAUAGUAAAAUCCGGCACGAUGGUGAAAAUGCUGCCAAUUACGAUAAGGCAGAAUAUAACAAGCUCUUUGAACAGAUGAAAAAUAUGGAGAACUCGCCGGAACGCUUGGCAAUAAUUCGAGAAAUGAACCACCUCCUGCAACAAGAUGCACCGUGGGUCUUCGCCUACCACUCCGUUGCUUUCGGUUUGUCGCAUCAAUGGGUGAAGAACAGCAAGCCGAGCUCCUUGGGCGGCGGAACGCUUAAAUAUCUUCGCGUUGAUGCUGGUCAGCGGACGGAAAACCGGCAGGCGUGGAAUCAACCCGUCGUCUGGCCCCUAUGGAUGGCACAACGAAUUCUUGGUGAAAAGAAUAUUAGGCAAGAAGAUGUUGACAAUUGGAAGAAGCAGAACGACUAUCACCUACCCCUCUGGUUCAAUUCAGAGACAUCUGGAACCGCGUCUUUUACACAGACUAUUUUCUUCCAGAAAUCGGUUAAACUCUUUUUCUUCGAUUUUGGGACAUCGGAUGCCAACAAUAUUGACAUCACAGCACAGAUUUCUCAACGAAUGUGGGCAAGUCUCGCGAUAGCACUCCCGACCUUUCUGGUUGGCGUUCUGGUAAAUAUCACCGUUUCAAUGAUUGUCGCUUACUACCGGGCGACCUAUGUCGAUUUCUGGGGAACAAUCCUUGCGGUAACCCUUAUGUCUGUCUCAACACUUUUCUAUAUUAUUGGUGGGCAGUGGGUAUUCGGAAAAAUAUUGCGACUCUUUCCAAUCUCUGGAUAUGAUUCCGGUGUAGACAUGCUGAAGUUCGUUAUUCUGCCAGUGGUUAUCGGCAUUAUUGGUGGGUGUCGGCAGCGGUAUCCGUUUUUACCGGACAAUAUUUCUUGA